AUGGCGCGCGGUUUCUCAUCUUUUGCUCUUGUCUUUUGCCCUUUCCCGGCAGCGGUGUCGCUAUGCGUCCCCGCAGCCAGUGCGGUGCGGCGGUACGAAGCACGCGCGAGAAGCCCCAGUCGUUGUCUGUGUGCCUGGCGUAUGAUGCACUCAAUUCAAUACUCACUCCGAGCGCUCUGCAUGACUGGAGAUAAUGGACAACAUGCACUACCAGCUGACGACGCCCGUGACGGGCUUUGUUUCUCCCCACUCCCCACACGCACCCUAAUUUCCUCUUUUGCUGCUGCUGCUGCUGCGAUGCCGUGGUGGUGGUGGCGGCGGGAGGAGGAGGAGGGAGGGGGCGUGCCACUGCUGCCGCGAAUGAUGCGUGGAAAUGGAAUUACCAUCGGAAGGCGCCUGGCGCAAGUUGACGACGCGAUGCCGUGUGCAUACUACCUCAACUGUUACUCGUACUACUGA